GCCGACCGUCACGGUACGCGCGUCGCUCUCCCUCUCUCUCUCUCUCUGUCGCGCCGCUCGCUCUCGCUGGCUGUUGCGUCGAGCGGCAGCCCGUGUGAUUCCAAAAGGGCAGCCAGGGUGUGCUUGGAAGAUGAUUCAAGGAGAUACGUUUCCAUCCACACAUUACUAUCCAUGAUGAAGAGGGAGCUUGAUCAUUGUCGACGCUGCGUUGGGCGCACCGCUUACGACUUGCGAUGACCGGCGCCUCGAGCCGAGCUCGUGUGCUGUUGGCGUCGUGAGCUCGUUUCGGCCAGGGCAAUCAUGGGCCAACCGUGCAUGUUCAUGCCUCUUGACCUGUGGUGUAUGCUGAGGAUGAUGGAAACGUGAUCAUGGGUAGCUGGGUCGGGGCAAACGGGUCCGCGGGGUCGUGCUUGCUCGAGCCAACUCGACCACGAGCCUGUGCAUCCAACCUUGUGAAGGCUCGGCUUUGCCAGGCAUCCCUCUUCCUACUCUCCCGCCUGUCUUGACGCAGCGUCGGCAACAUUGAUGGUCAAACAACACACAUACUCAUACAUGGCAGCCGUCAGAUGUUUCUUUCUUGUACAAACGCGUGUGGACUAGCAUCUGGUCACAUCAUCUGGUCACAUGGCUUUGCAUCGCAACCCCGGCUUGCUCACCUGGCUCUUUCACUCUGUGCGCUUCCUCUCGUAUGUCGUGCGGUCGGUUGAUUGCGAUAACAUGGUUGUGCUGCGCCUUCAGAAGCGCUUGGCCGCUAGCGUCCUCAAGUGCGGCAAGCGUAAGAUUUGGCUUGACCCCAACGAGACCCAGGACAUCUCGCACGCCAACAGCCGUCAGCAAGUCAAGAAGCUGAUCGCGGAUGGCUACAUCAUCCGUCAGCCUCAGGUCGUGCACUCGCGCUCGCGUGCGCUCCGUCACGCCGCUGCCGUGCGCAAGGGUCGUCACACCGGCCAUGGUAAGCGCAAGGGUACCGCCAACGCGCGUAUGCCCGUGAAGGUGCUCUGGAUGCGCCGCCAGCGCGUCCUUCGUCGUCUUCUCCGCAAGUACCGUGCCACGAAGAAGAUUGACAACCACCUCUACCACGAGCUGUACAUGCGCAGCAAGGGUAACGUUUUCAAGAACAAGCGUGUCCUGAUGGAGUACAUCCACAAGCGCAAGGCUGAGGACUCUCGUAAGAAGCUCCUCUCCGACCAGGCCGAGGCUCGCCGCCAGCGCGUUCGUGCUGCUCGCGAACGUCGUGCCGACCGCGUCCAGAAGCGCCAGCAGGAGCUCAUCUCCGAGGCCGUCAACGCCGAGAAGAAGAAGUAAAUGGUUGGCUUACGGGCCCGUGUGUCUAUGGUCGGGGUUUCAUGUUACCAGGACGUGGUGCGAUGCCUUGAAAUGGAUGCAUUCUCACAGA